AUGUCUGUAAUCGUGAUUGCAUGGUCGAGGAGCUCCCAUGGGUUGCAAUACAUGGUAGGGGACUCUCCAUGGACUAUCCCACCCAACAAAGAGUUUUACAACGACUGGUCCGAUCAUCUGUUCUUCCAGAUUGGCGACGUUCUAGUUUUCGAAUUCCAAUCGGAGCUCCACAACUUGAUGCAAAUAUCAAGAAGAGAAUACGAGAAUUGCAGCGCUGAGAAUCCAUUUCGAGCUUUCUGGGUUGACCCUGCAGCCAUUCCCUUGAUCGAACAACGCGUCUACUACUUCAUCUGCAGCUUUGCAAACUACUGUCUUCUCGGACAAAAGGUCUCCGUCACCGUCCACCAUCACUCUUCAGUCCCGCCUCCACUCCCACCGUCGUCGCCGCCUCUGCAGCCCCCACAGCCCCAGCCUUCGUUGAGCCCCACUUUGCUACCUAGGCCUUAUCCAUGUGCACCUCAAACACUGUCCUGUGCUGGCCAUUCGUCGCCACCGUCGCUUGUUGUUGACCAUUCGCCGGGAAUUCCUUCGUCUUCGUCACCGAUGAGAAUGAGGAACUUAGUGUUCGUUCCAUGCGUUUUGCUUUCGGUUGGGUUUCCUUUACUGGUUUGA